AUGGCAGCAAAACUCAUUGAUAGACGGUUUCACAACGUCCCUGGCAAGCUGAGAGUGGCUGAGCUGUUUUUCGAUGUCCCCGUCGAUUACAGCAAGCCAAAUGAUGCCACGUUGAGAUUGUUCGCUCGGAGUGUCUCUCGUCUGAACAAACCUGUCGAACCUGUCAAGGAAGAGGCCAAGCUACCCUGGCUCGUCUAUCUGCAAGGUGGUCCGGGCUUUGGAUGUGCUGCCCCGCAGAACUACGGCUGGGUUGAGCCAGUACUCAAUAAGGGGUACCAAAUUCUUUUCCUGGAUCAAAGAGGAACUGGACUCAGCUCUACUCUUACAGCAGGAACCCUCGCUCGCCAGGGCAAUGCUAUUCAACAGGCUGAGUACCUCAAGCACUUCCGCGCAGAUAACAUUGUGCGUGACUGUGAGGCUAUUCGGAAAUUCUUAACAAAAGACUAUCCUGAGGAUCAACAGAAAUGGAGUGUAAUGGGCCAGAGCUUUGGUGGCUUUUGUGCCGUCAACUACCUCUCAAAAUUCCCGGAGGGUUUGAGAGAAGCAUUCAUCACUGGUGGCUUGCCUCCUCUAGUGGAUGAGCCAGAUCCCGUUUAUGCCCGCACUUAUGAAAAGGUUAUGCAAAGAAAUAAGGCAUACUACGAGAAGUUUCCUGAGGAUGUAGAGCGAGUCAAGAAGAUCAUGGCAUACUUGACGAACAACCAGGUAGCCUUGCCGUCAGGAUCGCUCACUCCAGCUCGAUUCCAGCAGCUUGGUAUCAUCUUUGGUUUCCACGGUGGUCUUGACAUUUUGCAUGAGAUCGUCCUUCGUGCCUGGAACGACCUAGAGGUAUUCGGCUCUCUUACUGCGCCUACUCUGGCAUCAAUCGACAGCAAUGGUGGCAUGGAUAAAAACAUCAUCUACGCCAUUCUUCAUGAAGCAAUUUACUGUCAAGGCAAAUCAUCCCGUUGGUCUGCGGACAGGCAGCGUGCUGAGCACCCUGUAUUCCAGACAAGUGGUUCUCAGCCAGAGAUUUACUUUACCGGAGAAAUGGUCUUCAAGGAUAUGCUUGACUCAUACUCGGAGCUUGACCAGCUCCGAGACGCCGCAGAAGCUCUAGCCAGUACCAGUGAUUGGCCAGCGCUCUAUGACGAGGCACAGCUUGCUAAGAACGAAGUUCCCGUCUAUGCUGCCUCUUACAUUGACGAUAUGUAUGUCCAUUACGAUCUGGCUUCCAAUACUGCUAGCAAGAUCAAGGGUAUCAAGCAGUUUAUCACCAACACUAUGUAUCACGAUGCACUGCGGAGCAAGUCUGGCGAGGUUAUGCGCCAACUCUUUAACCUUCGAGAUGACUCCAUUGACUAG